CCGUGUUUGCUCUGCUCCUGGCCACCAUUGCUUCCUCCUUAGCGUCCUUCCCUGCCACUGCAGCUCCUUGCCGGCGGUGCUGGGGACCGGGUUUUGGGGAGCAAUGACGGAAGUUAAGAGAGAGGUGUUCGGGCAGAUGCCCCGGGAGGAAGGAGGAGGAGUGGUGGAAAAGUUUGUGUUAAAGUCAGACAGCGUGAAAGUGGAGAUCCUGUCCUUAGGUUGCAUAAUCGCCGCUCUGGAGACGAAAGGCAGGGAUGGGGAAUUUUCAGAUGUUGUCCUAGGCUUUGACACUUUGGAAGGUUACACGAGGAAGCACCCCUUCUUCGGUGCUGUUGUGGGGCGUGUUGCUAACAGGAUUGCGAAGGGGAGGUUCACCGUGGAUGGCAAGGAGUAUCAGCUGUUCCUCAACAAUGGGCCCAACAGCCUGCAUGGAGGAGCCAGGGGAUUUGACAAGGUUCUCUGGAGCCCCCAGGUCCUCCCGAAUGGCGUCUGCUUCUUCCGGCUCAGCCCCGAUGGUGAGGAAGGCUACCCUGGUGACCUGAAAGUCUGGGUGACCUACACACUCAGUGGCGGGGAGCUGGCCAUCAACUAUCGAGCCCAGACCAGCAAGACAACACCCGUCAACCUGACAAACCAUGCAUACUUCAACCUCGCAGGGCAGGGCUCACGGGAUAUCUACGACCACGAGAUUUCUAUUGAAGCAGAUUCCUACCUGCCCGUGGACAACACCAAGAUCCCAACUGGGGAGGUGGCUGCUGUGCAGGGCACCAGCUUCGAUCUCCGGCAGCCCGUGGAGCUGGGGAAGCACUUGCAGAAGUUUCACCUGGACGGCUUUGACCACAACUUCUGCCUGCAGCAGGCACAGGCUCGACGCCGCGUGGCCAGGGCUUGCCACCCGCCCACUGGCAGGGCCAUGGAGGUUCACACCACCCAGCCUGGCAUCCAGUUUUACACUGGGAACAACCUGGAUGGAUCCCUGAAGGGCAAAGGCGCCGUUGCGUACCCAAAGCAUUCAGCUUUCUGCCUGGAAACCCAGAACUGGCCCGAUGCUGUCAACAAGCCUCACUUCCCCAAUGCACUGCUCCGGCCGGGCGAGGAAUACAACCACACCACAUGGCUCUUGUUCAACACUGCUUAAGGAAAGCGGAUGCUGACUCCUACCACCGAGAGGGUUGGGACUAUUAAGUUACUUAUUUCAAAAAGAAGCCAUCAAACCAGAACAGCAGGCCCAGGAAUGGGCUGGGGCAAGAGCAGUACCAUCUCCUUCAGCACAGAACUUCAAUUUACUCUUUCUCCUAUGACAGCUUGCUGAGGACAUCCAAUCAACCUAUGUCAGCCAUGCUGCCUGGACAAGGCAUUCACAAGCUGCAUUCACAAGCUGCAUUCACUUACUAUGGAAGGAUUAAACUACAACUUAAGAGAACGAAUGACAUCCUGUGUUCCUUUAAAAUUUGAUCAUCACUCUUACAGCACAUUUGUUGGUACAAAAUAACUCCAACAGCUGUUUAUCUCAAAUUUAAUUCAGCUCCUGCACACUGACACUUUGUUAUUCAACAGAGCUGGAAACAACUGUAACACUCACAGCACUAGCAAGCCCUUCAUGACUUGCCUGGCUAUAUGCAUCAAUGCUUUAACACACUACGGGAAGAGCAUCCUGAUUUCUCUGACAAAUAAUGGGAAGAAUCCACAAUCUCGUGUGUGCUACACAAAGAAAAAGAAAAAAAACCUCUUCAGAUUAAUUUUAAAUUUGUUUGCUACAUUAGCUGUUAAUGCAACCUGAUCAAAACAGUACUUGUGAUGACUAGUGGGACCUGGCUAUCAGUGAUAUGUAAAACAAUAAAAAAAGAAAGAACAAUCUUCUGUGCUGCUUUUUAAAACCCCUAAGUUAGUGGAGAGAAAACACAGCUUUUUCUGAAAACGUUAACAGCUGUUAGAAAGCUUAAACAGACCUUUCAGCAACUUUUACUAAGUAUCUGCAGUCACAGAAGAGAUCUUACCUGCUUCGGGGCCACGUAACAGAUCUGGAUCUAGACCUGGAUCUUGAUCUAGACCUGAAAUAAAAAGUUAAGACAAAUUAAAACAGAAUCAAAGAAGUCAACUCAACCAUAAGUGAUGACAAUUACAGUACUACUUAGAUCACUGUCUACAUGUCGAACUUAAAACCUACAUAAUCAUUAGACAUUUCAGACAUCAAAAUUCAUGAGAUAUGCAGCUGUGUAAGGUCUCAAAACUAAUCGUAUUACCAUGACUGUAAAUUCAACUAGUAUUAUUAGAAACAUUUUAAAGCACGCUUAAGCCUGAUUUCUAGAGAUCAACACCUUCCAAAGUCUACUAUCCAGUACAUUUUUGAAUCCCUUAACUAAAAUGAAAAACAACAACAAAAACAAAGCACACAACCUAUUAAAAAUUACUACUAAUUACCUUGAUCUCUUCAAGGAACCCGAUCGGGACCGGCGGGGAGACACAGACCUAGACCUACGAGGAGAAACAGACCGGGACCUACGAUAGGAAGCUGACCUGGACCUGCAAAGAAGUCAAAUAAAGAGUUGUACAAGUGUAGCUUUUUCUAAGCAAAAGCAGCAAACAGGAAUAAAAACCAAACUUAAGCAUA